UCAGCGGCAGAUGGCAUGGGUACCCGCUGUUGGCAUGAGUGUCAUUCCUCAAAGAGAGAGGGAAAGGGAAGAGAGGGAGGGAGAGUGAGAGUGAGAGAGGGGAAGGGAAGAGCAGAUCACAGCAUAGCAGAGAAAAGAGAGUGCGCAGAAUUAAGCUCUUUCUUCCAAUUUGGUAGCUUGCGAGUGAAGAAGCUGAAGCGCAGAUUCAGAGGAGAUAUUUGGGAACAUGCAAGGUACAUGCUGACCAGAGGAAAUAUGUUGACACUGCCAUUCGAGGAACCUCAUAUAAUGUGUGAGCCGCGGUUUGGUGCCAAUUAUCCCCGUGAAAGCUUACCUGAGAGCCUGGAGCAGGAGCGACAACAUAACCCUGACAGAUCCAACUCAGACAUGAGGGAGGUCGAGGACGACAUCUCCGACAGAGAUGAGGACGAGAGAGAGGACGAUCAGGAUGAAAAUGGGCUUCCUAAAAAGCGAGGCCCCCGAAAAAAGAAACCGGGCAAAGAGCAGGUUGACAGGGCCAAACUCAGGCGCCAGGAAGCCAACGCCCGAGAGCGCAGCCGGAUGCACGGCUUGAACGCCGCGCUAGAGAGCCUGCGCAAAGUUGUGCCGUGCUACUCCAAAACUCAGAAACUGUCCAAGAUUGAGACCCUCAGACUGGCCAAAAACUACAUCUGGGCCCUGUCAGAGACUCUGAGCGCAGGAAAGAGACCGGACCUCCUCGCCUUCGUACAGACUUUGUGUAAAGGAUUAUCUCAACCAACGACCAACUUGGUGGCCGGUUGUUUACAGCUGAACGCUAGAAACUUCCUCACAGACCACAACGGAGAGGUGAUGUUCUCUGGGAGGGCGCCCUACGAUGCCAUGUACUCGUAUCCUGGAUCAGACAUGAACACGCCCCCCGGCCACAGCGGGAGCAGCUUGGACAGUAGCGCCAAGCCGUUCCGUCACUACAGCUACAGCAGCGCCUACGAAACCUACUACGAAAACCAGUCCCCGGAGAGCGGGAGCCCGCAUUUCGACGGCCAGCUGAGCCCACCAAUGAACUUUAAUGGGAUUUUCUCCCUAAAACACGACGACCCGCCUGAGUACGGCAAAAAUAGCCACUAUGGCAUGCGCUACUGCAGUGCGCCAGGGCGCACGGCUCUUGCGCACAACUCCAUGUACCGAGUCUCCCCAGAGGCCCGUUUCCCUUACGAUCUGCACGUCCGCAGCCAGUCCUUCCAAGCACAAGGAGAAGUUAAUGGCUCUUUCCACAAUUAAUCAAUCAGCUGGACAAAGUUCAAGCUUGAGAAGCGAUGCAAUUUCCCUCCACAGAUGUCGCGAGUGGAAUGAAAUUGACUCAGACAGGCUGAUGCACUGCAAAAAUGCCAACUGAAACCAGUCAUUUUUUGUGUGUUUUGAAAGAUGAUACGAAGCCAGAAGUUCAGAUGAAAGGGAUUCACAAGUUUCUUGUUGUUGUUCAGUUUCAUCCGUCUCAAUAUAGACUUUAAACACACACACACACACACACACACACACACACGCACACACACACACACACACACACACACACACACACACACACACACACACAGACACCACCUGAAGUUUUUGUUUCGUAAAAAAAGGGGAACAAUCUGUCUGAAGGCCUAAAUUCAAGAUUUUCUGGUACAAUGCAGAGAAUCUGUUUUCAAACAGAUGUGGUCUAAAACAAUUAAUUGAAGGUGCAGAUUUGGAGUAAAUCGUUUGCAGUUAGAGUGCAUUAUUUGUACGUGUUCGUUAAUGGCCAUAGUGCAGAUGUCGCUAAUUGAGUUUACAUAAAGCCGAUAUGAUUAAUUAAAUUUUCUGCUUAUUUGAAAACAUUACUGCAGUCACUUAAAACGAUUUUUGAGGCAAAACUAAAGAAACAGAAAUAAAACAAAAGUUUAUCGGGGACGUUUACUGAGACAUGAUUGGAGUUCAGAGAUUCAGUCUCCUAGCAAUAAAGGUCAAUUUAGCUAUGCAAGGCAGCCAAAUGCAAUCUUUGCUUAUUAAAAAUAAUAUAUGUCUGCUUCUUCUCACAAGGCGUCCCGCUCAAUCUAAGAUCUAAUUGAAAAGACGGCAAUUAUAGCCACAUAGAUAUUUUAUAGAAAGCCAGUGAGUUCAGGAGAUAUGUCAUCCAAUGAUGUCAUCCAGAUUGCUCCUAUAAAUACAGGAAGUUGCGGGGAAAAAACACGUCACAGCUGAACGCUUUGGUAUUUGGAGAGGUGAGCGUGUUAACGCGGUGAAUGUAAAUUUUUAUUGUAUUUAUUUAUUUGAGCUUAUUUAAUGAAGUCCGUCAAAUUGAAUGUGAAUAAUAUAUUAUAAAAAAUAUUGUAAAAAAAAAAUCAACAGUGUUCACUCUUAUGUGCAUUUUAAAGUUUGUUUACGUUGCAUUGUUGUAAAUUUCACCACAAGCUGAAAGUCCAGCACUGGCAGGAGAAAUGCAUUUUGUGUCAGGUGAACAAAAUGCGUCAAAAACUAUAUGAAUCCUAACAACAUGCCUUAAAAAGAGACGAUGACCAUCAAUAUGCAACGAAAUGAAAGUUUUGGAUAGUUUGAUGUGAACUUUUUACUCUUCCUUGUUCCUCCCGAGGAGCAGCUGUGAUGCACUUCAUGUACUUCUGCACAAUGUUGGUGACUGCUCAUAAAUUCUGUUGAUUUUGUAACUUUAA